GACAGUGAACAAAGACGUUAGAUUCUAGGUACAGAUACUACUGGCAGUCUGACUCACACUACAAUAAGUGUGAAGUGGGAAAAAAAAAAAACAUUUUGUGACUGCUGAUAGUCUAGACGCAAAAAUUAGUUUUAGGUCUCUGGAGAGUGCACACACGAUAAACAAAUCUUCUCCCUCUGCCCGAGCCUUUGUUGGUUUCUCCCAUUGACGUGUUUCUACACAGCAGAUGGCUUUACACAUAAAUCCUAUUAACAACUUUCUGCUGAUGGAGACGCAGUGAGUAUAGGGCUUUCUCGCUCUUUCAUUAUCGCCGCUGAGAAGCCUGCUUUUUUAUUUCCUAACCUCUAAAAGAAGCAGUGGUAGAGCUGAAGUCGGAGGCCACGCCAUGUCUGCAGAGAAGAAGCCAAAGAAGAAGAAAGAGGAGGCAAAUGGCACAACGGAAGCCAAGUUGAAUGGAAAAGAAACCAAGCCCAAAAAAACAAAGACCAAGAAAAGUGAAGAUUUAUCAGAAGAGGAAAAUCCUGCCAUCCAAAAUGGAAAGAAGGUGAAGAAAAAGAAACCAGAAAAAGAUAAAGAAGAACCAGAAAAGGAAAAAGAAAAAGAGAAAGAGCCAAAAAAGAAAGCCAAAAGUGCUCCAAAAAAGAAGAAAGGUUCGGGCACAGAUGAUGACGAUGAUGAUGACGAUGAUGAAGACACCCUCAAAAAGAAGACUAAGAAAAAGACAACAAAAGACAGUUCUCCGUCUGAAAGUUCUGCCAAAGAAAAGAAAUCUAAAUCUAAAGAGGACAAAGACUCUGAUGGCAAAGAAAAAAAGUCCAAAUCAAAGGAUAAGGACAAGAAGAAAGAACCAGCCUCAAUGUUCCAGAUAAAUGGAGAAAAAGAAUCAAAGAGCAAGAAGAAAGCUGCCAAAUCAGACAGUGAUGAGAGUGAAGAGGAGACGAAGUCAACCAAAUCAAAAAAGAAAUCCACGGCUGGCUCAGCAUCCAUGUUCCAAAUAGACAAGGACAAGGACAAAGACAAGGACAAAGACAAGGGCAAAGACAAAGACAAAGACAAAGACAAGGGCAAAGACAAGAAGACGAAGAAGAAAGGAAAGGCAGAAGACAGCGAUGAUUCAGAUGAGUCAGAAAAGGAAGAAAAAUCAAAGAAGAAAAAGGGCAAAGGGAAAAAGAAAAAGGAGAGAUCUCCUUCACCUGAGAUUGAGUUUGACGACUUGGAGAAGUUUGUGAUGCAGCCGGCUCCACAGGGCGUGACCAUCAAAUGCAGAGUGACUCGAGACCAGAGGGGGGUGGAUAAGAGCCUCUACCCUCUAUAUUACCUUCAUCUCGACAACGAAAAAAAGACAUUCUUGUUGGCUGGGAGGAAACGGAAGAAAAGCGCUACUUCAAAUUAUCUCAUCUCCAUUGAUGCCACAGAUUUAUCAAGAGGGGGAGAGAACUUUGUUGGAAAACUGAGGUCCAAUUUAAUGGGGACUAAGUUCACCGUAUUUGACAAUGCUCUGCAUCCAGACAGAGCUCUUCCAGACAUGUCUAAUGCACGACAGGAGUUAGCAGGCAUCAUCUAUGAAACAAAUGUCUUAGGGAUGAAAGGGCCCAGAAGGAUGACGGUUCUCAUUCCAGGAAUGAGCAAGGACAACGAGCGAGUACCUCUCCGCCCAAGAAAUGACUGUGACGGCUUGUUGAUAAGGUACCAGAGUAGAAGGAUGGACAAUAUAAUCGAGCUUCAUAACAAGACGCCUGUGUGGAACGAAGAAACUUCCUCUCAUGUGCUCAACUUCAACGGCAGGGUCACCCAGGCCUCCAUUAAAAACUUCCAGAUAGUCCAUAGUAAAGACUUGGACUACAUUGUGAUGCAGUUUGGCCGAAUAGCUGAUGACAUUUUCACGCUGGACUUCAACUACCCGAUGUGUGCCGUGCAGGCCUUUGCCAUCGCGCUCUCCAGCUUUGAUGGCAAAAUUGCCUGUGAAUAACAGAGAGAUCCCCAGUUGUCUUCUCACACUGAAACCAGUAUGCGGCACGCCCACGCUCACAACAGAACAACUCUUUUCUUUGGACUCGCCCUCAACACUUCCUGUGAUCGAUGGCGAUAACGAAUGACGGUUCCUUGAAUGUAACAAUACCUGCUGUUACGCUGUUGCCUUUAUGGGCAUGUGAUUCACUCCAGGAGUAAGAAACAAAGUUGGUCUCAUAUUAUCAUCAGAUCUGGCAUGGCACAGAAGAGUCCUGGUAUUUGUUUCUGUAAUCCAGAGGAAUAUCUGUGGAUCCCAGGGAGACGCACUUUAAAGGAGGGAAUGAUGGUACACCUGGAUGAUUAAGGUGUUUAAAUAUUUCCAGCACCAUUAAAAGAUGUUAAACUGUGUUUUGGGUUUGUUGUGCUGCAUUGUAUUGUACUGGUGUGUAGUGGUCUGUGUUUAAAAUACCAGAAGGUCAUAAUGUGAAGUACACAAUCUCAAAAACACACUCACAGAAUAACUGAUAGCUUAAAAAUAAAGAAAAUUGCUUUUAUUUGACAGACAACAGGUAUUAAGUCUGUAUUACAUAACAGUCCAUAUUUUAGUGAUUUGGAAGCAUAAAGGUAUCAGGCAUUGUUAGAGUAACAAGUGUAACAUUUUGGAAUAGGGGAGGCUUUAGUUCUUGCUAUCUAGUUAACAUGUGAUGUUUCGACAAAAUAUUCUGUUUUAUUUCUCUGAAGAUCUCUCUGUCCAUCUCAGAUGACUGAGUCUGAUUUGAGCUCCUGUAGGUUUUUCUAUUUCGUGUUUUUUGGGGUUUUAACAUUUUGUAAAAUUAAUUUAUUUUUCCGAACACUGCCUUUGUUGCAUUUCUAGGCCUGUUGUAAUAAUGUUAUUUAAUAAAGCAUGUGAAUUAACUUCCUUUAA